AUGGCGGAAGAGCCAGUCACCUAUCAGAUCAAUCCUUUCUUUCAAUUCUCGUGUGUCCUCGAAAAGGCAGUCCUAGCCUUGAUCUCCGAGACUGCCGGGACGUACCGACGUAUCCAUGACGACGAUCUUCCUGCACCCGCGCCUGCACCUGCAAUGGAACGCAAGUUGUUCUUGAAAGAAGAAACUCCAGCAUCUCCCGCCUUCCCUUCAUGUCUGCUAAAUAACUUUUCUGUCUAUAAGCAGCAUCCUCGAAUUUUUGAUCUUACUCCGACGGCCUCUGUCGCUUCCUCCAUCGAGGCACCAAAAUCGCCGGCUUGGUCCAGCUCUCGGGGGUUAAACCGUUCGAGGCAAUCCGUCCGAGGCUCGGAAGCACACCCCGCUCAACAGACAGAUGUCGCCAUGCCCACUUUAGUUGAGUUCUGUGGUCUCGGAUGUCAGGACAAGCUUUGUAAGGGCGCUGACAGGGGAGAAGGUGUGGAGAAGAUCGGUCCUUCCAUGAAGGCCAUUUGCUGCUUGCGGGUUGUGGGGCAAUUUUCAAUGAGUCUCCCAAACCUCAGAACGUUUGGCUCCGCCGCUGAUCGAAGUGGCGGCCCUCUAUGUGGAAACAACCAUCCGAGCUAG